CUCUGUUUUCCCCUGUUCAUAUAUCACUUUUACAACACAUAUACCAAGAGAGAAUGAUGAGAAUUCGCUUUCCAAGUGUUCUAGCUAAGCAAAUUCUGCGUCGUUCUUCGAAAAAUUUAGAUGUGCCUAAAGGGUUCCUAGCGGUUUAUGUUGGGUUGGAGACCCAGAAGAAGAGAUUUGUGGUUCCAGUAUCCUAUUUGAAUGAGCCUUUGUUUCAAGAUUUACUGAGUAAAGCUGAAGAAGAGUUUGGAUUUGAUCCUCCAAUGGGUGGUUUGACAAUUCCAUGUGAUGAAGACAUUUUCAUUGAUGCCACUUCUCGUCUGAGCAGAUCAUAAGAGGGGAGAGGCACUUAUAUUAACUCCAUACAACAAUUUUGUAUAUAGAGAACUGAUAUUGCAAGUCAUAACGUACAUUUUUUAAGGUUAUUGCCUAACA